CCGCCCCGGCCGGGCUGUAUAAGGGGCGGCGGCGGCCGGAGCAGUUGCCGCGCUGCCGCCCGCUCCCCCCCGAGUCCCCACCAUGAGCUACACCAUGGAGCCCCUGGGCAACCCCUCGUACCGCCGGGUGACCGAGACCCGGGCCACCUACAGCCGCGCCAGCGCCUCCCCGUCCAGCGGCUUCCGCUCGCAGUCGUGGUCGCGGGGUUCGGGCAGCUCCGUGUCCUCCUCCUACAAGCGCCCCAACCUGGGGGGGUCUCGGACCACCUACGGCCCUACGGUGCUGAGCUCCGCCGAGAGCCUGGAGCUGAGCCAGUCCUCGCUGCUGAACGGAGCGGCCGAGCUGAAGCUGAGCCGCUCCAACGAGAAGGAGCAGCUGCAAGGGCUGAACGACCGCUUCGCAGGCUACAUCGAGAAGGUUCACUACCUGGAGCAGCAGAACAAGGAGAUCGAGGCGGAGCUGGCGGCGCUGCGGCAGAAACACGCGGGGCGGGCGCAGCUGAGCGACGCCUACGAGCAGGAGCUGCGGGAGCUGCGCGGGGCCCUGGAGCAGGUGAGCCACGAAAAGGCGCAGAUCCAGCUGGACUCGGAGCACAUCGAGGAGGACAUCCAGCGCCUGCGGGAGCGCUUCGAGGACGAGGCGCGGCUGCGCGAUGAGACGGAGGCCACCAUCCGCGCCCUGCGCAAGGAGAUGGAGGAGGCCUCCCUGAUGCGGGCGGAGCUGGACAAGAAGGUGCAGUCGCUGCAGGACGAGGUGGCUUUCCUGCGGGGCAACCACGAGGAGGAGGUGGCCGAGCUGCUGGCGCAGCUGCAGGCGUCCCACGCCACGGUGGAGAGGAAGGACUACCUGAAGACGGACCUGACCACGGCGCUGAAGGAGAUCCGCGCCCAGCUGGAGUGCCAAUCCGACCACAACAUGCACCAGGCCGAGGAGUGGUUCAAGUGCCGCUAUGCCAAGCUGACGGAGGCCGCCGAGCAGAACAAGGAGGCGAUCCGCUCCGCCAAGGAGGAGAUCGCCGAGUACCGCCGGCAGCUGCAGUCCAAGAGCAUCGAGCUGGAGUCGGUGCGCGGCACCAAGGAGUCGCUGGAGCGGCAGCUCAGUGACAUCGAGGAACGCCACAACAACGACCUCACCACCUACCAGGACACGAUUCAUCAGCUGGAGAACGAGCUUAGGGGAACGAAGUGGGAAAUGGCACGUCACUUGAGGGAAUACCAGGACCUCCUCAACGUCAAGAUGGCCCUGGACAUCGAAAUUGCUGCAUACAGGAAGCUGCUGGAGGGUGAAGAGACAAGAUUCAGUGCCUUCUCUGGAAGCAUUACUGGGCCUAUAUUCACACACAGGCAACCAUCUGUCACAAUAGCAUCCACCAAAAUCCAGAAAACCAAGAUUGAGCCACCAAAGCUGAAGGUCCAGCACAAGUUUGUAGAAGAAAUCAUUGAAGAGACCAAGGUAGAGGAUGAGAAGUCUGAAAUGGAAGAUGCCCUAGCGGCUAUCGCAGAAGAAAUGGCAGCCAAGGCCCAGCAAGAAGAACAGGAGGGAGAAAAAGCAGAAGAAGCAGCUGCAGAGGAAGAAACUGUCUCUGAGAAGGCUGCUGCAGAACAAGCAGCUGCACCCGAGGAAGAGAAGGAGGAAGAGGAAGCAGAAGAGGAAGAAGAAGCUGCAAAAUCUGACGCAGCGGAAGAAGGAGGCUCUGAAAAAGAAGAAAUAGAGGAAAAGGAAGAAGGAGAAGAGGCUGAGGAAGAGGCAGAAGAAGCUGAGGCCAAGGGCAAAGCUGAAGAGGCAGCAGCCAAGGUAGAGAAGGUCAAAACACCUCCUGCAAAGUCCCCCCCGAAAUCCCCCCCGAAAUCUCCUGUGACAGAGCCAGCCAAGGCUGGCCAGAAAGCAGCUGCGGAAGCAGGGAAAGAACAGAAGGUGGAGAAAGGCACUGAGAAAGCAGCCAAGGAGGAAGAGAAAGCAGCAUCCCCAGAGAAGCCAGCCACACCAAAGGUCACCUCCCCAGAGAAGCCAGCCACACCAAAGGUCACCUCCCCAGAGAAGCCAGCCACACCAAAGGUCACCUCUCCAGAGAAGCCAGUGACCCCAGAGAAGCUGGCCACCCCGGAGAAGCCCCCCAGCCCAGAGAAACCCAGGAGCCCAGAGAAACCCAGGAGCCCUGAGAAGCCCCCCAGCCCUGAGAAGCUCCCCUCCCCAGCCAAAGAGGGGAAAGCUGUGCUGGAGGAGACAGUCACUGUCACAAAGGUGACCAAACUCAGCGCAGAGGUAGAGAAAGGCUCCAGGAAAGAAGACAUCGCCGUGAACGGUGAGGUGGAGGAGAAAAAGGAAGAGGGAGGCUCCAAAGAGAAGGAGGUGGAGGAGGAAGACAAAGGGGUGGUCACCAACGGCCUGGAUGUGAGCCCAGUGGAUGAGAAGGGGGAGAAGAUUGUAGUCACCAAGAAAGCAGAGAAGAUCAGUGGUGAGGGUGGGGACAGUACAACCACCUACAUCACCAAGUCGGUGACAGUCACCCAGAAGGUAGAGGAACACGAGGAGAGCUUCGAGGAGAAAUUGGUGUCCACUAAGAAAGUGGAGAAAGUCACUUCCCAUGCUGUGGUCAAAGAGAUUAAAGAGGCUGAGUAAAAAAAAAGAAGAAGAAAAGAAAAGGAGAUCCUAGCUUUAAGAAAAAGCCAAAUUAAGCCUAAACAAAACAAAACAAAAGAGUAUCAAAUAGAAACCCAAGAGCUUGGGGUGGUGCAAAAGGUUAAGCCAUAGGACAGCUGCAAAAUGCAUGUGGGUGACGGCUUCAAAGCAGAAUGGGUUCUCUCCUGGAGGCUCUCCAGACACACACCAAGUGUUUGGCUUUUUACUUUUGACCUUUUUGGUUUUGGUUGUGCAAUAGGAAAAAGGGGGGCGGGAGGGGGGGGAGGGGGGAAAAAAAUGCAUGCAGGCUGAAGAUGUGCUCCCUCCACAGAGCUUGGGGAAACCCUUACCCACCCACCCCAAAACCCCAACCCCCUCAACAGAAAAUAUUGCUAUUAAUAGUGCAUGAGGUUGAAAAUGUGCCAAGGGAGCUUUGUGAAUUUUCCUGAGCUGUUGGAGGGGCAUAUCUGAAAAGGGAGAUUCAUUUUAAGUCUUUUGGUGUUUGGUUUUUUUCCCCCUCCCCUCCUUUUGGUUUCCUUUUUUUUCUGUUGUUGUUCCUUUCAAGAUGUCUUAUGCAAAGAACCAACUGAGCCAAGAAAUAAGGAAAGGAAGAGAGAAGGGAUCCAAACAGAAACAGUGAGAGAAUAGUUUGGAGAAGCAGAACUCUCCUAGCCUUAAAAUUAAAUAGAAAGGGGGGAAAAAAAACCUCAAAACCAUUAAAAAAAGAAUAAAAGGAUAAAAUAACACUAAAAAAAAUAUACUAAAGCUACUUCUAAGUGAUGAUGUUUACCUCACUGGUGCAAUGAAGGUGGACUUUUUGCUCGUGGGAGAACCCAGUUGACAUGCACAGUAUGCAACCUUUUGUUGUUUGAUGUAAAAGUCACAGCAGUUCUUGCUCAAUAAAGGUCAAUACUGAACUCAA